GUUUAGGAGGAAGUGAAAGAAGACGCCUCGUGCAUCUCUUUGGAUUUCACAGUAAUUCUCCUCUCGUGCUUCAUCUUCGCAUCUCCAGUAGACCUCACGGUGUUGUGGACUGCUGGGGGAUACCGGCUUAGAUGAGUUUUUGGCUGAAGGAACGGAGGACGCUUUGAAUUUAAACAGAUUUGUAUUACAGAGUGGGAGGAAUGAACACAAAGCAAGUGAUAACACUCCUGAUAAUUGGAUCACUUUUUGUAUUUGUUUUCCAUCACUGGAACGAUGAUUUCAUUCAGCCAAUUAAAUAUUUUCAAGAGGAUAUUAAAAGUGAACUGGUGACACCCAACGUUACCCGCUCUUACAUUUACCAUUGGCCAAAAUGUCAAAAAAACAUGUCGGCCGAAAAAAUCUCAGCCUUCAGUUCUUUACCCUCACAUAUCAAAACCUUUCUCUACUAUCGACACUGCCGCCAUUUCCCCAUGCUGCUCGAUGUUCCUGGCAAAUGUGGAGGAGCUGAAAAUUCUGGAGAUGUCUUCCUUCUGCUGGUCGUUAAAAGCAACCCUAACAACUACGACCGGCGAGAGGUGCUGCGCAAAACCUGGGGUAAAGAGAGGAUAUACGACGGCGUGCAGAUUCGAAGGGUAUUCAUCUCAGGAACGUCGGGUAAUGGUUUUGAGAAGGAAAGGUUGAACGCAGUGCUCAGAUUUGAGCAACGGGAGUACAACGACAUCCUCCAGUGGGACUUUGAGGAGUCGUUCUUCAACCUCACCUUGAAGCAGAUACUCUUCCUGGAGUGGAGGGAAAGAAACUGUCCGGAUGUUCGCUUCCUCUUUAAUGGUGACGAUGACGUCUUUGCCCACACAGACAACAUGGUCGAUUACCUCAAAAGUUUCAAGGACAAUAAUGGAAGUGGUCACCUCUAUGCUGGAUAUCUCUUUCCGGAUGAAAAGCCUGUUCGAUGGAUGAAGAGCAAGUACUAUGUUCCAGUUCAGGUGCAAGAGCCGGAGGUAUAUCCUCCUUACUGUGGUGGGGGUGGCUACGUACUGUCUGGCUAUACAGCAUCGGUCAUAUACAACAUGUCCAAGUCCAUUACUGUUCAUCCCAUUGAUGACGCUUACAUGGGCAUGUGUCUGGCCAAAGCAGAACUCAGCCCUGUUUCCCAUCAAGGCUUCAAGACACUUGGGAUCACUAUUCCAUCAAAGUCGGGGGAUCAAUAUGAUCCCUGUUUCUACAGAGAUCUUUUAGUAGUGCACAGAUUCUUUUCAACUGAAAUGUAUUUUUUGUGGCAUAAAUUACAUGAACCCGAUCUGAAAUGCGAGCCAUAGAUAGAUCCUAUUGUUUUCGUUCGACAGCUACUGUGGCUAGCUGUUUUCCAAAAUUACUAGCCGCUCAGUGUUUUCACUAGCCACAAUUUUGUUGUUCGGAAAUCAUGGUCCUCGUUGCAGCGUGGGAUUGAUUCCGUUUUGGUAAUACAGGUGCUAAAGCCCCAACAUAUCUUUAAAAAGAAAAGAAAAGAAAAAGAUUUACAAACUUUUUAAAUGUAACUGACCCUUGUCACUGCAGGUCAUUAUCAAGUAUUCAACUCCGAUAAGGUUCUACAUAGGCCUAAAGCUCCUUUAAUAUGGAAAUAUGCAAUUCUGUAGUAAUAAAAAGUGUGCUAAAUUUCCCCUGUGGAGAUCAGUAAAGUACUAUCUUAUCUUAAUGAUUCAAGGAGAUUUUAUCUGUGUAAAAUUAACUUCCCAGUUAUUCAUUAAGCAAGUUAAUGUUGGGUGUCCUUGGUUGCCAAGGGCGACAGUGUUUAUCUCAUUGCCACAGGCAGCAGAGGUCAAUCGAGAAAUAAUCACGGUUGAAUGUUGGCGAUUCCCCAACCAGAAUCGAGCAUUCAAGGGUGUAACUGUCUCCUUAUCCUCCCUGGGUUUUCUGACACCUUCAAUAUAUCUUUGGCAUCCACAUUAUCACUUCAGCAGUCAGGCGUCAUCUUCACAACCACCUGGCCACAGUCACAUCGGUCGCGAAAACACUGUUCCCACGCAGUGCUCAUGGAAGUUGUAGUAUCAUAGUCUCACUUUGCAUUCCGUUUGUUAUUUCAGAUGCCGUUUGAGAAAACUACAAUUAAAAAUUUAUAGAAAAUUCAGAACGCUAAAAUGGCUAGUGGGAGUGGCUGUGCUACCCGCUACUGCUGAAAUCCACCUACAUUUGGCAGGUGUUAAUGUCAAGGCGUGUAUGCGUACAUGAAUUUUACUGUUUGCCACAUGAGGAUCACGUUUGGUGCGCAAAUAAAGUUAUUUAUUUUUGUUACUUUGCUCAAGUCUUUGUGGUAAUGUAUAGAUUUUUAUUUUUAUAUUAAGCCAUGUGGGACGUAUGUGGCAAUACGUUUCUGAGAACCAGCCAGCAACUUGGUCGGUUUUGGGAAUUGUCUCUUCAGACUGGUUGUAAAACGUUUAUUUGGUCUUUCCAGAAGAAACAAUAGCAAGGAAUUUAACCAUACAGAUUCGAUGGUUAAUAAUGGACCAUUAGAGUACCAUUCAUUAGGGAAGAAUUGAACCGAAGUUUCUGGUCGUUUUAUGUAUACACCAUGACCUGGAUGUCUGAGAGCCUCCUCAUGCACAUUGACUUGAUCUUUGUAUUUUUUAUAUAAGUCUCUCAUAGUAUAUAUGUAUUUAUUAACUAAACAGGAUAAAACAGGAAAAUUCAAUUCACUUAAAAUUGUACAUAUGUAAUUAUUGUAGCAUGUUACUUUCUUUUUCAUCCCUGUGCAUGAAUUGUGGACUAUGUUAUAUGUAUUUAGAAUGAGUUCACUAUAAAAAGUCACUCAGCAGCCUGAUAAAAAAAAUUAUAAUUGCCGGUCUAAUUGAUGUACUGAUUUGCUGUUAUGUAAAAUCCCAGUCUGUCAAAUGAGGGAAUGUAAAUAGAACUGAUUUGAGCUGAUGCUGAAGUUGACUAACUUGCUCUUGAAAUUCAGUCUGGAUGUGAAAUGUGUUACAGUUGCUCGUUUGAAAAAUAUAACCAUAAAGUUGAUAGUGCAACGUGAAAAGUUAAUAAGUUACUGAGACGUUGCGCUUAAUACACAAAUAUCUUCCUAUAAAGAAAAUCAUGUUGUGUGCAGCUUUAUUUAAAUGAAGGGUUUCUGUUCCUUUUUUCUAAUGCACUUUGUUGAUUUGUUGAAAAUAAAAUUUGUAGAACAUGAAGUAAAGA